GUGCUAUACGCGUGGCGUAAAUCCGACACAACCGACCCAGAGUUUGUGGAGCGCCGCCGUGCGGGACUCGAGAACUUUCUGCUGCGGGUCGCGUCACACCCGAGGCUUUGCUUCGACGAUCAGUUCAUCAACUUCUUGCAGCAAGAACAUGGCUGGCGGGAGACCAUCACGGAGAGCGGUUACAGAUUACAAGCAGAAAAUAAGCUGAAAUCAUUGUCAGUGUCAAUCAGACUGAAAAAACCAGACCCAGAGAUUGACAGCGUCAAGAACUACGGCCGGCAACUCGAAACAAAUCUAGGCAACUUUCUGUAUACUAGGUCAAAAAUUAUGGAGAAGAACUAUGCCCUGUGUAAACUUCAUGCGAACUAUGGGAAAUUAUUCAGUGAAUGGAGUGUGAUAGAGAAAGAAAUGGGAGAUGGCUUGCAGAAGGCUGGACAUUAUUUUGAUUCAAUAGCAGACAGCAUAGACUCAGUAGCGGAAGACGAGGAGCAACUAGCCGACCAGUUAAAGGAGUAUUUAUUCUACGCAGGCGCAUUGCAGCAGCUGUGCGCUAACCACGAGGCGCUGCAACGUGCGUUAGAGUUGGCGCACGACACACUCAACAACAGAAUAGCGGAACGCAACCGCGCCGCGGCCGGCAAGUCGGGGCUACUGUCGCGCCUGUUCGGCACCACCGACCCCGACAUCGUGCGCGACCAGGCCACGCGCGCGCUCGACGCCAAGAUACACGACGACCGCGCCGCGAUACAGGUUGCGCAGCGGGACCUCGAGGAGUUUACGAAGAAAGCGGCGGUAGAAAUAGAACAUUUCCAGAAGCAAAAAGACAAAGACAUCCACGAGUCCUUAGUGGCCUUCAUCACGCUACAGGUCAAAGCUGCGAAAAAGAACCUUCAAGCGUGGACGCAAAUAAGAGAGUGUCUACAAAACAUGCCCUGAGCGUGGUCACCCGUAUCGCGGCAUCUUCUUUCCAAGUGUGCACAGAAGCGUGAAGGCACUUUAUUUAGAGGCAAGUUAAUUUUAAUGAACACUAGAAAAACCAUGUACAGUUAGCGUGGAAAACAUGCAUGUAGCUUUACCAUGAGUUUACGUUAAACGUCAUGAGUGACUCAAAAAAUCUAUGAAGAUUUUAGUUUAUUACAGUAACCGCUAGGGGCAGUGUACAAUCUGUCACACAUUUCUUGUCAUUUUUACGUUGUCCCUAAUGAGCACAUCUAAUUUAAACUCAUGGUAAGCACACUGAACCCUGUGAAAAAGACAAUUGGUUGGUAACAGAUUUAUAUUGGAGGACAUUUUAAGUGAGUGCGCGUGGGGACUGCUUUUAUAGCUUUCAAUUGUCAGAUAGUAAGUAUUAAUACGAAGAAAAAGUCUAUGGCAUAUUAUUGUUACGGUCUCCCAAUGAUAAUCGAUUUUCCUGUAAGUUCUAGUAAAAGUCCUUAUACAGACAGAAGAUAUAACAAACGAAACUCAAAACUGAAUUCAAGUCAAACCUGUGAUUGUCAAAACAAAAGUUAAAGUGUGAUUUUCAAUAUUUAGAACUGAUAGAUCAAUAAGUUCUAAAUAUUGAAAAUCACACAUCUUUACUAAAGUGUAGAAUCGUAUGUAGUAUCUUUUUAUACUGUCUGCUGCAGAGUUAUAACAUUCCUUAUCACUAGAAAUUAAGGUUUUAAUUUGAACAGCUGUACAUAUGGUGCCUUAUCACAAGAUUGCCUGACGAUUACUUCUGACAAUUGGAAGCCAGCCCUCGUGAACAAUGUAACACACUAGGAUAGAUUCUAAACAAUUUUAUACGGUGGUUUUCACGAUGUGUUUUGAUGAUUUAGCUUAUUUUAUAGAAAGCCUUUUUUUUCGUGUAGGUAUCGUUCUAAAAAGCACGAGCGCUUGCGGUGUGUCAAAAUGUUAUAUUACGAUCAAACCAAAGAAAAUAAAUAUACAGGGUGUUGAUUUCAAUCCUCUAUCAUGACUUAUAAACGCAUAUCCAUAAAAAAAUACAAACGAAAGUAUAAUUUUUAGCGAAUAUUUUCCUUGUGACAUCAACUGUACUCUAGCUCGCAAUACUGCAAUACGUUUACACUGCGGCACCAUCGAGCUACGCGGAUCGCUCGCUUAUCAUGUCGGAUAGUACUACUGGAAGCCACGUAAAGUAGGUAGUGUAAAUAGGUAUUUUUCUUUGACUAAUUAAAGUUAAAGUUCGUUUUAAUUUUUUUCGAAGUCAAUUUUUUACUGAUCAGAUUUUUGUGAUCAGAAUAAGCUACUUAAUCAACUCCCUAAAUAUGGCGAGGAUUGAAAUCAACACCCUGUAACUAUAGCAACUAGCUGCGCGCCCGGGACUGCCUAUGAGAUUGAUAUAUUGUAGAAAGUAAACAACUCAAACUAAGUAUAUAAAAUUAAAAAAAAUCACGCAAAUUCACCACGCCUUAGAAAAAGACAGUCACACAUUCGCAUUUUUAAUAUGAGUGAAUAUGGGUCAAUAUGGAAAUAAUAACAAUAAAAAUAAUUACAAAAUAAUUUCUAAAAUUUUAUUAAUUUUAGUGUCAUUCACAUUAUUAUUUAUAACCUAACGAGUUCCACAAUGUGUAAAUAUCAUUCAUAAAAAUACAGUGGAAUAAAAUAUAAAACAAAACCAAAUUAAAACUGUAUCUUAGUUAUUUAUUAGUAUUUUUAAUAAUGUAAAUCACGCUCAGUCAUUAAAUCCACAAAGACAUAUCUUUAUUUAUAACUAAUUUCAUUAUUGUAUGUCAGAUUUUAAUUAAUUAAUUUCUCACAUUUGCCAACAGUCAAUAAAUACUUUAAAGAUUGAUCUCAGUCAGUAUCAAUAUUUAGCCUCCCCUUCAAUAUAUUUUAUAAGUCGUUUGACAAAAGAUCAUUGUUCAAACCCCUUUCCUUGAUAAUCCGAGAUUAAAGUUAAAAAAAAACAUAAUUCACUCUUGGCAAAUAUGAAAAAAGCUAAUAUAAACAUUAUGUAUAAACGAGUAUAUGAAAUGGUGAAGGUUUUAAAAUGUAUCUACCUAUAUUACCUAUCUAUUUAAUAUAUUCUUAAAGAAAACAGUAGCCAUGUGUGAGGGAAUUCAGUUGCUUUACAGAAUAUAUAUUGUUAUUAUUAAGGCAUAUUUAAUUAAAGCCAAUGAGGAAAAUUGUAGAAACAUGUUCACUGUCGAUUUAUUUAAAGUUUUUAGCGCUCAUACAAUCAUAAUAUUUCCAAAUUGGUAUUGUGUGGAUCACAUACACCAAAAUACUGUCAGUUUUAUGUAUUCCAUUGAUAAAUAUAAUACAUUUUGAUGUUGUCAUGUCUUAGUUAGAAAAAACUUGCUAAAGUGCGCUAGAAUUCUCCAAAAAUGCUUUCAAAUACUCAACUGUGAUUUUAAGACCAACUCAAUACGUAGAUAGAUUUUGUAU